GCCAGGUGAAAGUCUACCGGAGCAUACAUGUUGAAGAUCCACCGACCUAGCAUUGACCAUCCUUUCGGCGUGGACUUAUGGAGCCUGUUCUCAGGUAUCUGUACCAAGCUGAUCGGAUGGAAUCCGUCCGAGUUUGAGUUUGUCUCUGGAAAGACACCCUUGUCAACAUGGUCGAGUGCGAUUAUUAGCAUCUCCGCGUACUAUGCCAUUAUUUUGGGAGGACAAGCCAUAAUGAAGAACAAAAAACCUAUGAAGUUACGUCGUUUUUUUCCAGAUCCAUAACUUCAUCCUCACCUUCCUCAGUGGGUUGCUUCUUGCUCUAAUUUUCGAACAAGUUUUCCCUAGUUACAUGAGAAAUGGUUUUGUUCACUGCAUUUGCGAUGCUCGCCAAUUCACCCAGCCUCUUGUCACUUUGUAUUAUCUUAACUACCUCACUAAGUACGUUGAGUUGCUCGACACGGUUUUCUUGUUCCUGAAGAAGAAACCGCUGGCCUUCUUGCACUGUUAUCAUCACGGUGUUACGGCUUUACUGUGCCUUACGCAGCUUAUUGGCCGCACCUCCGUGCAAUGGGGUGUCAUUGCUUUGAACUUGUACGUGCAUGUCAUCAUGUAUAGCUACUAUUUCCUGGCUGCUUGUGGCAAGCGUGCUUGGUGGAAACAGUGGGUUACUCGCAUGCAAAUUGUGCAGUUUGUGCUUGACCUCAUGCUUUGCUUCUUUGGUACGUACACGCACAUGGCUUUUCGCUAUUUCCCUUGGAUGCCCCAUAUGGGUGACUGCUCGGGUUCUCUUUUCGCUGCUUUCUUUGGUUGCGGUGUUUUGUCUUCUUACUUAUUCCUGUUCAUUGGUUUUUACAUUAAUACCUACAUUGAGCGCGGAAACAGAAAGCCUGAUUCGGACGGCAGUGCUCCCACGCCUGUUAAGCAGGCUGAACCCGUUGCAGUCUCCACCGCCUCUGAACCCGCUGCAUCUUCGCCCUUAUCCGCUCGUUCGCGCAAAAUUUAA